CCACGGAGCAAUAGCCAAUAAUGCUAAUUAUCAAAAAAAAAAAAAACCCAAAAAUGCUCAAGUGUCCGCCAAUCUCCGUAGUCUUGCCAUUCGUCCACGUGAUAAUACGUGCAAGCUCUAUGGUUGGGCAUAACGUGUAAGCCAAAUGUCAAACCUUUGACUUCUCCUUGUUCAAGAGAUGAGCUUCUCCACCACUCCCAAAAAAAGAUCUGGAUUUGGCAAUCUUCCCAAGAUGUUUGGGAUUCAAACUGUGUUUUACAACAGCUCCAAAACAUUGAAUCCCACAAUUUAACUAAAGAUCUCAAGAGUUCUCAUUUUGGUAAAUCCUCCAAAACAGGGAAUGACAAGUAAUGGCGAGAAUAUUGCUGUUAUCAAGAAAACACCAAAACUUACUCUUCUUCCUCUUAUUGCUUUGAUAUUCUAUGAUGUUUCUGGGGGUCCUUUUGGAGUUGAGGAUUCAGUAAAGGCCGGUGGUGGACCUCUUUUGUCUUUGCUUGGUUUCUUGAUAUUUCCUUUCAUUUGGAGCAUCCCUGAAGCUUUGGUAACAGCAGAACUAGCCACAAGCUUCCCCGAAAAUGGAGGGUAUGUGCUUUGGAUAUCAACAGCAUUUGGGCCAUUCUGGGGGUUCCAAGAAGGGUUUUGGAAAUGGUUUAGUGGGGUUAUGGAUAAUGCCCUUUAUCCUGUUUUGUUCCUUGAUUAUCUUAAGCACUCGAUACCGAUCUUCAAUCGAUUAGUAGCUCGAAUUCCAGCUCUUUUGGGGCUUACAGUUUCAUUGACUUACUUGAACUACCGAGGUCUGCAUGUUGUCGGGUUUUCGGCUGUUGCUCUUGCCGUCUUCUCGCUUUUCCCCUUUGUUGUGAUGGGUGUUCUUUCGAUUCCUAGAAUUAGUCCUAAGCAUUGGCUUGUGGUGGACUUCAAGAAGGUGGACUGGAGAGGGUACUUCAAUACCAUGUUUUGGAAUCUGAACUAUUGGGAUAAGGCAAGUACUCUUGCAGGGGAGGUUGAAAAUCCGAGUAAAACGUUCCCCAUGGCGCUUUUUGGGGCUGUGGUCUUGGUGGUUUCUUCGUAUUUGGUCCCGCUUCUUGCUGGGACAGGAGCUCUUGGAGCCAAUUAUGGUGCAUGGAGUGAUGGGUACUUUGCGGAAGUUGGACUGUUAAUUGGUGGCUCUUGGCUCAAGUGGUGGAUU